AUGUGGAUCCGGCGAUUUCAGCCUCAACUUAGGAAACUGUCGGACUCUAUUCCUGUAAAACGCAAAUAUAACGCUUCAAAAUGGACUACUGGAAGUGGAUUGGUGACCAGUUUGGGAGCAGCUUGGUAUUAUUACGAAUAUUGGCACCAUGUUGAGCUAUCGCCGGACUACUUCACGAAAUAUAGGAUCUCUUACAAUGGAAAGAUUGACUCAGACCAUUUCGUUCUUGAACUAAUACCAUUGAAGCGGCAGCGAAAGAACUGGUGGAAAACGAUGACUUCAGAUAGAGUAUGGUCUGUGGAGAUAAAACAACCUGAGAUCAUGGUUGUGCGAAACUACACUCCGCUCCCACUUGAACACGUAGGCGGAGGGCGACUGCAAGUUUUUCCAGAUGAUGAGCAUCGAGACGGCAAGCUACUGUUCUAUAUGAAAAAAUACCAAUACGGCGAGGUUGCCCGGUGGCUCAGCAGUUUACCUGAAGGCUACCAAAUCGAGUUAAGAGGGCCCUACUUGGACCACAGACUUCAGUCACAGACUGAGAAGCAGAGAGAUCGCCGAUAUUUAAGCGCGAGCGACAGCGGCGACCUGUCCAUGGACCAAUUUUCACACCAGCCAUACGACAUUGCGACGUUUACAGCAGGAACGGGAAUAGCCCCCAUAAUGCAAAUUCUACUAACAGAAUAUCCUUUCGCUGGGCGAAUUCUUUUUUUUCAUUCUUGCAGAACCGAGAAAGAACUAGGUCCCUUGCUGCCGAUAUUAGAAAGAUUGCAGCAUGCCAAUCGCCUUGAACUACAUUUGUUCUCGUCACAGUCGGGACGGGACCUCCGAAAUAAUUCCGAAAAAGUGCUCAGUCUUAUACCGACCCCAACCAUUUACCAGCAACGCCCUUUUGACGGGUUUGGUGGGCCCUUGCGCCCAAUUCUGUCACUAGUUUGUGGACCCGACGGAUACAUAUCAACAGUUUCCGGCGUGAAAUUUGACUUGUCUCAGGGACCGGUUGGCGGAUUGUUAGCAGAGAAAGGUUGGAACAACUCGAAUGUAUUCAAAUUUUCUUGA